AUGAAGCACAUUUUGCCGUUGAUAGGAGGCCGCUCUGUGGCCGUGCCAGCGCUGGUCCCGGGGCUUGAAGCCCUCCACUUGCGGUUCGGCAAGCUGCCCUGGGCGUCGCUCUUCAAGGACGCCAUCAGGCUGGCGCGCUUCGGCUUCCCGGUCUACGCCGAACUCGCUGCCGUGCUGGACAAGUACGCCAAGGCGGUCUUUCAACGACACACCCUCAGGCGACUGUUCUGGAACCGGGUGAGCCGCCAGGUGUACCGCGAGAACGAGAUCCUCCGGCAGCCCACUCUCGCGCUCACACUCAUCCAGAUCGCCCACAAGGGCUACAGGGGAUUCCUGCAGGGAGACAUGGGCGCCAAGUUCCUGCUGGACCUCAGACAGCUUGGCGCACUUGUGUCCCGGGGCGACCUUGCCCAGUACCGCGCCCUGUGGAAGGUUCCCGUGCGGAGCGUUCCCCUGGGCGGCGUCACGGUGUACGCGCCCCCGCCCCCGGGGGCCGGGUCCCUGCUGGCCUUCAUGCUGUCCACCAUGGACAUGUUCCGGUCCUCCAAAGGAGACCUGAUGGACGAGGGCGCGCUCACCUACCACCGCCUCGUGGAGACCUUCAAGUUCACCCUGCCCUUCAGGGAGGACCUUGGCGACGACCAGUUCGAAGACGUCGGAGACACGAUGCGCAACAUGGCUUCUCGCGGCCAAGCCCUGAAGGUCAACGGGCGCAUUGCGGACUCGUCGACCUACUCGGACGCCAUCUUCUACGUGUUCGACAUGCAGCUGGUGCGUCGCUCGUUCAGCAGCCUCUCGGAGAGGGCUCACAUUGCCCGCUACACCCGGGGGGCCACCGCACACAGUCGCAGCCACGUCCGCUACGGGACGCCCACCAAGAGCGCGGUCACUGCAAAGCGGGGUGUGAAGAGGACCCUGGACGUGAGGCACGGUUCCGGUAAUGCGGUCUUCGUGGCUCCCAAUGGAGACGCCAUCGCCUUCUCCGCCAGCAUCGGCAUGCUACUGGGCUCCCGCGAGGCGUCUUCUUCGACGGGACUGGUGCUGAACAACGCCUUGCACUCGUUCACGGCCCGGGACCCCAACCGCUACCUGGGCCACGCGGGCGUGUCCCUGAACCACCCGCGGCCGGGCAAGAGGCCCCUCUCGCCGCUGGCACCCUGCGUCGUGCUCGAUGGGGACCGGAACCUGAUGGCCGCCGUCGCCGCCUCGGAGCUCUUCCAGGUGCCCCAGUAUUCGGCCACGAUCCUGCUCGAGCUCCUCUUCAUGAACAAGACUAUGACGGACGCCAUCAGCGCCCCCAAGGUCCGCUAUCGCGCCAACGUCAAAGGGGUGCUCCACGACGUCGAUCUGCCACGGUCAAUGGUCCUGGAGCUGCAGAAAAAGGGCCACCGCAUGUUCCUCAUGGACGACAAGAUCACCAACGCCGUCGGCGUGUCCGUUGACGACGACGGCAACCUGUAUCCGGGUGUCAACGAGCGCGUGGGCGGAUACUUGAAUGGCCAAUGA